AUGCAGUACGUUGAAGCUGCCGUCAGAAUUCAGAGCGCCGCGAUUCAGAACUCGUCAGCUUUCCAGUUCUUCGCUAGGUCCCAGUGGGGGUCGCGCUCCCAGCGUACUCGUAGCCGCGUUCUGCUCCAAGUGCAGCGGCCGCACACGGUCCUCACCUCAGACUCGGCGACGAGAGCUGACGAAGUCCUAGUGUUCACCUUAGCAUAG